GAGAUAAGAGUAAGAACUGACUUAGCCGUUUGAGAUUGCAUGAUGGGGAGAUUGGGUAAUGGGUAGAGUGAGUGCAGAGGAUAGGAAUCGGAAGAAUUCGACUUUGUUUCUGCAUUCUGAGCUCUGCAGUGAUGGAAACACUAUCCUUUCCCAUAAACACUCUUAUCAAUUCCAAAGCUAACUACAUUUCUCUGACUGCUUCUACUAAUUAUGCCUCACUCUCUUCCUUACAACUCUCUCCUUCUUCCACAUCCACACCCCUAUGUUGGAAGGGUGUUGUUCGAGUUCAAGCUGAGAGUGAGGAUUUUGAAUUGAAGCAAAUGAGGGACAUGGCUGCUGCCAGAAAGAGAUGGGAAGCUCUGAUCAGGGAUGGAAAAGUUAAAGUUCUUACCCCAAGGGAAGCUGGGUAUGCAGUUCAACUUUCUAACAAGCCCCUUCUUGAUGUUCGCCCCUCAAAUGAACACUACAAGGCAUGGGUGAGAGGUUCAACUUGGAUUCCAAUAUUUGAUGUUGAUCAUACACUAGAUGCUGGAACCAUUCCCAGAAAAAUCACAAAUUUUGUUAUUGGAGGUUGGUGGAGUGGCAUGCCUACACUGUCUUACGAAAGCCAGUUCUUGGCCAAAGUUGAGGAGAAGUUUCCCAAAGAUACAGAAUUAAUCGUUGCAUGCCAGAAGGGAGUGAGAUCACUAGCUGCCUGUGAACUACUGUAUAAUGCUGGCUACAAAAAUCUGUUCUGGGUUCAAGGAGGCUUAGAGGCUGCUGAAGAUGAGGAUCUCGUUGUAGAGGGUCCAGUGCCUCUUAAGUUUGCUGGAAUUGGUGGCGUUUCUGAGUUUCUUGGUUGGACUGAUCAACAAAGAGCUGCUGCAGCCAAGGAAGGUUGGGGAUAUAGAUUAGUGUUUUCCGCACGCCUGCUUGGAAUCUUACUUGCCGCCGAUGCAUUAUUUAUCGGUGCUCAGCAAAUCGGGCACUAUCUUCAGGAGAUUAGGACCCAUUGAGGUACUAUGGCUGCCUUGAAGUAAUUGAUUAAUCCUCCUGGAUACAAUGUUCCUUGUUCUGGAUGAUCACAUAGUGAAAAGUGGCUAAAGAACUCAAUUUUGACUCUUGGCUGAUGCAUACGGCCCAUCCUUUACUCAAUGUGAUUUACCAGCAAUGCUUUUUUAGAUUUAUUUGUCACAUUUGUCUCCUCUUAGUGCAUGUUUGAGAAUCCUUCUAAAAUCGAUUCUAAAGCUAAAAUCAAUUUUGUAAAGAAGUUUAUGUGAGUAGUUUCUAGAUGUCAAGAAAGAGAAACUAAUCCGAACAUGCUAUUAGUCUUUGUCACUGUGGGAUUGUAAAUGCAAGUUUAGUUCGGCAGUUAUUUUAGUUUAGGUUUGUUCCAUGUGGCAAGACAGACACGCGUGAUUUUGGCCCAAUGCUUGUAUUUUUCUUUUAGAAUUUUGGUUUAUAGAUAAAUUCUGAACUCUGAUUAAACAGUUGCCAGCAGAUUUGUUUAAUGUAUUGUUGUCUGUGUGUUUCUGUA